GACAACAUUCCCCGUGAUGAGAUGAACCGUAGCCGGGGCAAUGGGGUCGAAUUCUGAUGGAUACUUAGUGCCCUGCGCCUAUUGCAUCGCUCUGCUGGACUUCAUAUCCGCCGUGCUAUUCGCAAUUAUCUCAGGAGUGGUAUUUGCCAGGCAUGGUAAUUGGUCGGCCCUGGUGGCGCUGAUCUUCACCAUCUUCUGGAUGGUCAUCAUCAUCGUCCUCAUAGCCGGCAUCUACAGGAGGAAGCUGGGACUGGUGCGUUUUUGGUUGGUUUUUACCUGCCUCGGAAUACUUCUAGAUGGUGUUAUUCUGCUGUAUGGUCUGACUUUGGCCAUUUCUGUGAACUGGGAGGGUGUGAAAAUCACAGUGCUGCCCUUCGUGGGAUUGGCUGUGGAAAUGACUUUUGUCUACAUCAUUUACCUCUUCUAUUUGGAUAUGAUUGGCUACGUUCCGCCGGAAACGUUCUAUGAAGAGCCUCCGAGAGAAAAAAGCGGCUGCGAAGUGGAAUAUGUCGAGGAAAAGGAAAAACCAGUGGAUCGUAGGGACUUAAAACGCUUGGAAAAACAAGCCAAGGAACGUAUGAAAAAGGAUAAAGCGGUUUUAAAAAAACUGCAAAAACAAAUGCGAAAGUGAAUUUUUAAAAUGUUGUUAUAUUUUUUAAAUCAUUUAAAAUAUAUUAUAUUUAGCGAA